GCCGCUCAGACCGUUGAUGGCGUUCGCAACGACCGCUUGGCACACGUCGCGAUUUUAGCCGCCAUCGCGAUUUAAACCGCCAACCGCCAAAGUGCGUUUUUUCAACCCGAUAAUUUUAUCAAACGCAGAGAAGAGACUAGAACAUAAAGAUGGCAUCUAUUAAAAAAAGCAGUCAAAUCUGCAGGAGCAGCACACCAAAAUCGUCAUUUUCAGAUGGACCAGCAUCGCCGAGGAAAUUAGUUUAUGCAACAAACCAAAUCAGCAGGGGAUUAACACUAAAUCACUUACUUAUUUGCGCCAGUCUGGUAACAAUCUUCAUGGCAUCUGUAAUCAUGGCUAAGCCACCGGAUCAGGAAGCUCUCCAUCACAAUGCUGAGUUCCCCGAAGAGGACAGCGACAUGCUGAUGGAGCCAAAUGACUUUUCGCCAAUCACAGUGCUGAGAUCGCACGAACAGCACUUCCAUAUGCCGCCCACCACGCAACUGCAGCCACAGAUCCAGGCCAGGAUCCAACCCAGAGCUCAACCCAGGCAAUUCCAGGCGGCAGCCCAACAGAAUCCGGAGGAGGAGGAGCAAUUCCGACCCAUUGCCAAUCCGAGUGCCAAACUGGUGGGGGAUUCGCAUACGCAGGCGGCCCAGAACUUCUAUCCGCCGUUUUACCACGAGGCUCCGCCACUGGGCCACUCGAGACCCUACUUCGGACACGGACCUCCGGUAUCUGAAAGUACUCCCCUGUCCCUGCCGCUGCCACUUUUGGCCCCCCAACAACAGCAGCCGGCGACUCAGCAGCGAAACUUCGAUGCCAGCAUUUUGGGUAGUGGAGAUUUCGGCGUUCUGCGAGGCGGAACCUUUUAUCCGGAGGAGGAAAUGCCCUACCAUCCCGAGGACAACAGUGAUUACAUCUAUGGCGAUGCCAACAAUGGGCACGGUCGACCUUCCGAGGGAUUUGUGCAGAAGUACACCUACCCAGAAGAGCAGUUCGCCAAUUUCAGGGACUUUGCAGACAUCAACACACCGGCCGACUCGGCAUUCUCACAAUUCGUGGUGGUGUAUGCGGCCAAAAAUGCCACCGCUCCACACUCACAUCCGCAUCCCAAAAACAUAUUCGAGCAGUUGGAGCUGCUGGAUAGGGAAAAGGAGUUGGAGAAGACCAAGUCCCAGUCCAAAAACUCCUCCAAAAACAAGUCGAAAUUGUCAAAGACAAAGCUGCAGAAGAAAUACCGCAAGAAAACGGGACCCAAAUUGCAGGAUCCUCUGGAAGUUGAGCCCCUAUUGGCCCUCAGUUAAAAGAUAAAAAAAAGAAUUAAACCUAAAAAACAAACACCCAUCACCACUUUCGUUUCCCUCUGUUAGAUUUAUUUAUUUUCUUACGAGAUGAAUGCAAGCCGCCACAAAAAAGUGCAACCCAAUCCCUAUAUCCUAAUGUUCAUGUCCACAAACUCCUGUAUUGAAAAAUCUAUACCAUACUACAUAUUUUAUUUCAGUGUUUUUUUUUAUGGUCUGUCUGCUUUUUGUCUCGCAUUGUUUGAUAAUUCUUAAACUUAGCCCUUAGUAAUAAAUAUAUAUAUAUAAAUAUAUAUGUGUCUUUAUGUCUUAUGCACGUAUCUAAUGUAAUUAUUUUUUGUCUAAUUGAGCAUAAUUUUAUUAUAUGUGUGUACAUAAAAUGAGAAAUGUUAAAUGUAAUUUUAAACCUAAAUAAAAAACAAAAACAAAAUAA